AUUGAACAAAGAAUCGCGUUAAGUCAAACUUCUAUUCCACUCAACCAUUUAAGCUGUAUAUACAUUAUGGAUUUGGGAGACACUUAUGAAGAAAGUGAUAAAUUAACGAUUAUGCCUCUUGGGGCUGGUCAAGAAGUUGGAAGGUCAUGCAUACUGUUAACAUUUAAAGGGAAGAAGAUAAUCCUAGAUUGUGGUAUACAUCCUGGCUUACGCAACAGAGAAAGCCUGCCAUUCAUUGAUGCAAUCCCGGAUAUCCAAACGACAGACCUUAUUUUAAUUAGUCAGUAAGUAACUUAAUCUCAAUGCAAUAUGCAUAGCUUUCAUCUUGAUCACUGUGGAGGGCUUCCACAUUUGCUUUUAAAGACUGGAGCUAAGUCAAAAUGUUACAUGACACACGCAACGAAAGCCAUUUAUCGUUAUUUGCUUGCUGACUUUGUUCGUGUUAGCAAUUCUGGUGGCCUACCGGAUCAAUUAUUGUACAGUGAUCGAGACAUAGUAGCUAGCUUAGACCAUAUUGAUACCAUAGAUUUUCACCAAGAACUUGAAGUUAACGGGAUAAAGUUUUCUGCCUAUCAUGCUGGACAUGUGUUAGGUGCAGCGAUGUUUCUAAUAGAAAUUGCUGGUGUAAAAAUUUUAUAUACUGGGGAUUUCAGCCGACAAGAAGAUAGACAUUUAAUGUGUGCUGAAAUUCCGCCUAUACGCCCAGACGUUCUGAUAACCGAAGCUACUUAUGGUAUCCAUAUCCAUGACAAACGAGAAGAAAGAGAAGCUAGGUUUACUAGCUUAGUUCACGAUAUUGUCACUCGUGGAGGGCGCUGUUUGAUUCCAGCAUUCGCACUUGGCAGAGCCCAAGAAUUAAUGUUGAUUCUUGAUGAAUAUUGGGACAAUCAUCCAGAACUGCACGACAUACCCAUUUAUUAUGCCAGUCAGCUCGCACGGAAAUGUAUGGCAGUUUACCAAACGUAUAUUUAUGCCAUGAACGAACGAAUUCGCAACCAGUUAGCAAACAACAAUCCAUUCUGUUUCCGACACAUAUCCAAUUUAAAGAGUAUUGAACAUUUUGACGAUUCUGGUCCAUGUGUGGUUAUGGCCAGUCCUGGAAUGAUGCAAUCUGGUCUUAGUCGAGAGCUAUUUGAGAAUUGGUGCACAGACAAACGUAAUGGAGUAAUUAUUGCAGGCUAUUGUGUCGAGGGUACUCUGGCGAAACAAAUUUUAUCUCUACCGACUGAAGUACCUACAAUGUCAGGUCAAAUGUUACCACUGAAAUGUUCAGUAGAUUAUAUUAGUUUCUCUGCUCAUACUGACUAUCAACAGACGAGUGCAUUUAUCAGAGAACUAAAACCAAGCUAUGUCGUAUUAGUACACGGAGAACAAAACGAAAUGUUACGGUUAUGUGGGGCUUUACAAAGGGAGUAUGAAGAUGAUGAAACAUGUAGACUGGAAAUAUUUACACCUAAAAACUGUGUCCCGGUUAAUCUACGUUUUCGUGGUGAGAAAGUUGCUAAAAUUUUGGGCAGUCUUGCCCAUAGUGCUCCUAAAGAAGGUCAAACUAUUUCAGGAGUACUUGUAAAGAAAAAUUUCGCAUAUCAUAUUUUAACACCUGGUGAAUUACCGAGUAAGUAAUUUCAUAUUGUUUCUGUGUUAAUGAUCUUGUGAAAGUUAAAAUUUGGAACGCAUCUCGAAAGCCUCUACGGCUUUGAUGUACAUCCUACUGAUAAUAUCAAGAGGUAUUUACCACUCCCCUUUGAAUAACCAUUAACAGAUAAUUUAUUUCUGUUUUCUCCUUGAUUUAUUGUUGGUGUAUCAUACUUUAGAUAUGGUUCAUUAACUGACAUACUUGACCUUCAGUUUUAAGUCUCAGUAUGUAUAAUCUAAUCUAGACAGCUAAAUAUUGCUGGUAGCUUUCACUUGAAAAGUGUGGUUUCGAAUUUAGUACAGUAGUUUUAUACGGUUUUUGAGAUGUAGUUGAACACAGGAGUAAAUGUCUGAAUGAUUGGAUUAAAAAAGAAAUGUUUCUUCGCUCAACUUGUUUUUUUUUUAUUAUAUUUAGCAUUAAUUAGUGAAUAUGUUAGAGAAAUAGUGUAUCUCUUUGUGUCUACUAUGUCAUGUUUUCCCUAUUUUUCCUUAGCAUACACUGAACUAGCUACAACUGUAGUUAAUCAAGUCAUUUCUAUUCCAUUUACUGGUAGUGCUAAUCUUUUGAAAUUUCAUCUGGCUUUACUUGCUGGUAGCGUGGAAACGGUAUCUCAAAAAUCAGAUAAUGUACAAUAUCGUGUAUUUGAUGCAAUUAAUAUUACUUGGCGACCACAACAGAUAACUAUGGAAGUAAGUUAUAUAUAUAGUCAAAGUGAGUUGCAGUUUGUCAGGGAUUGAAGAUAGACACACUCGGGUUUAUUAAAUAUAGCAGACCAGUUUUAAGAUUUAGAUUCAAUUAAUUAGACGAAUCAAACUUCGCAUAAUAAGUUGCUUAGAUAUUCUGUACAUAAAUUUUUGUUAUUUUUUUGUGAAAAAAACUACAUAGUAGUACUUCGUUGUUUAAUUAUGAAUAUUCAUCCUAUACAUUUCGAUCUCAGUGGCAAUCCAAUCCUACAAGUGACAUGUAUGCGGAUGCUGUACAGAAUGUUAUUUUACGUGCUGCUAUGCAAGGAAUGCCUCCUAGAGGUUUACCUCAUCUUAUUGAACCGAACAAAGAACAAUUUCGAUCUGCCCUCGAAGUAGCACUUCAAGAUGCAUUCGGUAUUGACUGUUUAGAAGAAGAGAUAAUUAAGCCUGAUGCUAAUCAUGUUAUAGUGCAUGUUGAUUCUCAUGUCGCUGAAGUGAAUCUGUGCGAUUUAUCCGUCUCGUGUAAAACCAAUCCAAGAUUGGAGCAUAUUCUUCAAGUUAUGGUCAAUCGAUUAAACCACUGUAUUUCAGCUAUGUGAAUUAAUUAUUUUGUAAAUUAUAAUCUUUUUUACAG